GUGACAAAGCAAUCAUUGUCCACGCUGUAUCGUAAUGGCUCAAGGUAAACAUUAAUAGAUAAUUUGAGUAAUGAGAUGAGCAGGACUCCUUCAUCAGAGAGAAAAUUACUUAAUGCCAGUCAAAGUUUUGGGUAUAUAUUCUUGCAUGCUUGCAAUGUGCAUCAUAAACUUUACCAGCCUAUUCCAAUAUUGACAAAAAUGAUUUCCCGACGACUAUUCCAGAACUCUGAUGAUGUGGACAUAAUGCAAUCAGCAAUUGUUACCCUGAAUUUUGAUUCAACACCAGAGAAAGAAAGCAGAAGUAUACUGUCAUUCAUCACACCAAGUACCAAGAGAAAUAUAUUUCCUCAGCCGGAUAAAGAUAUCAGUGAUUGUUUGGAUGCUCAAGUUAAUACCACACUGAAGAUUUCAGCCAAACGAAAGCUGGACAACGAUAACGUUUCUGUACCAAAGCGACGCAAACACAAUGUCGAUGUGAAAACAGUUGUAAAUACUCUCACAGAAAACGAUAAUUUGAUUGCAGAUGGCAGUAGAACAUACAGUUUACCAACAGUACAGGGAAAGCAUCAAGAUUUAAAGAGCAUCUCACCACAGACUCUCGCGGACGUUGCUGAAGGUCAUUAUGAUGACACCAUAGAUAGUUUCCGGAUAAUCGACUGUAGGUACCCAUACGAAUUUGAUGGUGGUCAUGUCAGAGGGGCGGAAAACAUGUAUUUACACGAGACCAUUUUAACGCUGCUACAGAAACCAACAACAGAAAAACAAGUUCUAAUCUUUCACUGUGAGUUUUCAUCAGAACGAGGUCCAAAAAUGUUAAGAUUCCUUAGAAGUAAAGACAGGGAACUAAACAAAGAAAACUACCCUGCAUUGAACUUUCCAGAAAUUUAUCUUCUUGAUUGUGGAUACAAGGCUUUUUUCGGCGAAAUUCCUGAACUCUGUGACCCGGUCAGUUACCGACCAAUGCUUCAUUCUGACCAUUCAACAGAUUUACGCCACUUUCGAGCAAAAUCUAAAUCAUGGACAGCAGGAGAAAAAAGACGAUAUGCAAGAAAAUCAAUGCGAUUCUAA